AUGGCGGGUCAAACAAGAAAGUGGAUGAUCCUACUGGCCACCAUAUGGAUUCAGGCUUUUACAGGAACGAAUUUCGAUUUUUCAGCCUACUCGUCGGAGCUGAAGGCGGUGCUAAGGGUGUCACAGGUACAGCUGAACUAUUUAGCCACCGCCUCCGACCUCGGGAAGGUGUUGGGGUGGUCAUCGGGGCUGGCGUUGAUGUACCUGCCCCUAUGGGCAGUGAUGUUCACGGCGGCGCUCAUGGGAUUUAUCGGCUAUGGCUUCCAAUGGCUAGUUAUCCAGAAUAUCAUUGUCUUGCCAUAUUUCGUGGUAUUUUUACUUUGUUUGUUGGCUGGAUGCAGCGUCUGCUGGUUCAAUACUGUGUGUUUUAUUCUGUGCAUAAAGAAUUUCCCUAGUAAUCAACCCCUUGCUCUUUCUCUCACAGUCAGUUUCAAUGGCUUGAGUGCAGCAUUUUACAACCUUGCUGCAAAAUCAGUUAAACCUUCAUCAACCACAUUGUAUCUUCUUCUCAACUCUUUAAUUCCGCUCUUGACAUCUGUCGCAGCCCUGUUCCCAAUCCUUUUCCAACCCCCGGUGGAUGUUCUUUCAUCUGAUGCUGUUAAACGCGAUCAAUUUAUAUUCAUUGUGUUAAAUUUGUGGGCCGUUGUGACGGGAUUCUACCUUCUCUUCCUCCAUUCGUUAAACGCAUCAACAGCUCGUUUUCUCUUUGCUGGUGCCAUGUUUCUACUUAUCCUCCCUUUUGGUAUCCCCGGUGUUAUCUAUGCUAGAGAUUGGUUCCAUCACAAGAUUUACUCACGCUUCGAAUUUCAAGGCUCAGGUUUUAUUCUUGUUGAUGCUGAUGAUCUUGAAUUACAUAAAGAGCUCCUUAGUCAACAGAAUAAUGCAGACGUUAGGCCAGUUCAAGUAAUAUCUAGACAAAACACGGGAAGUAGUGAAGGGUGUUCGUGUGAGACUGCAAUGAAGAAGGAUUGUCUCCUGGUGCUCGGGGAAGAGCACAAGGCACGAAUGCUCCUUGGCAGGUUGGAUUUUUGGCUAUACUAUAUUGCUUAUCUAUGUGGAGGCACAAUUGGGCUUGUGUACAGUAAUAAUCUCGGGCAGAUAGCUCAGUCACUUGGAUAUUAUUCAAUGACUUCAAGGCUCAUUACAACAUAUUCGUCGUUCUCCUUCUUUGGCCGCUUGCUUUCAGCUGCACCGGACUUCAUUCGAACGAAGCUAUACUUUGCGCGGACGGGGUGGCUAGCCAUAGCUCUUCUGCCAAUGCCAAUGGCCUAUUUCUUGCUCGCUGCCAAUAGUAGCGAGGCAGCAGUCCAGGCAGGCACAGCAUUGAUAGGACUAACCUCGGGAUUCAUAUUUGCUGCUGCAGUUUCAGUAACAUCUGAGCUUUUCGGUCCCAAUAGUGUGGGCGUAAACCACAAUAUUCUCAUCACAAAUAUCCCUAUUGGAUCGCUUACCUAUGGUGUUCUCUCUGCUGUUGUUUACGAUUCCAACGAGAUGUUUGGUUUAGGCCUAAUGGCUGAUUCAGUGGUGUGCAUGGGAAGAAAAUGCUAUGGCUUGACCUUUGUGUUGUGGGGAUGCAUUUCUAUCCUGGGAUUAGCCUCAAGUUUGCUGCUAUUCUUAAGAACCAGGCCUGCUUAUUAUCAGUUUGAACAAAACAGAAGAUCAACACUAUUGUAA